AUGGCAGGUGUCAACCUCACCCCCUCUGACCCUCGAACUUUCAUCCUAACAGGCAUCUCUCACCUGGAGUCUGCCCAUGAAUGGAUUUCCAUCCCUUUCUCUAUAUCCUACAUAAUCGGCCUUCUGGGAAAUUUCAUGCUUCUGUUUGUUGUAGGCAAAGAACAGACCUUGCACAAGCCAAUGUAUCUACUGAUCUGCAUGCUGGCGGUCACAGACAUUGCCAUGUCUACCUUUGUCGUGCCGAAGGCAUUGUGCUUAUUUUGGUUCAAUUUGAAAGGCAUUACUGUGGGUGGCUGCCUCACACAGAUGUUCUUCCUUCACAUGGUUUCUAUUAUGCAGUCAGCCAUCCUCGUAAUAAUGGCCUUUGAUCGCUAUGUUGCCAUAUGUAGCCCUCUGAGAUACGCCACAAUACUCACCAAUGCACAAAUAGCAAAGCUAGGGUUAGUGGGUUUGAUAAAAGCUGUUCUCUUUACUCUGCCCAUGCCCAUACUCCUGAGCAGGCUGCCAUUCUGUGCAAAUCGCAUUAUCCCAAACACAUACUGUGAGCACAUGGCUGUGGCGAAGAUGUCGUGUGGGGACAUCACAGUCAACAAGACGUAUGGCAUGGUGAUAAUGUUUCUAGUCAUCGGGUUAGAUCUGACACUCAUUGCCCUGUCCUAUGGUCUAAUCAUCAGGGCCGUCCUCGGAAUCUCCUCCAAGAAAGCCCACCAAAAAGCCCUCAACACUUGCAUAGCCCACAUCUUUGUGAUGCUGAUGUAUUAUCUUCCCGGUCUCUUCUCCAACCUGACACACCGGUUUGGUCAGGGCAUUGCUCCUCACAUUCACAUCAUCUUAAACAACCUCUAUCUUCUUGUUCCUCCCAUGCUCAACCCUAUCAUUUAUGGGGUCAAAACCAAAGAGCUUCGUGACAAAGUUGGCAAAUACACCUGCAGAAGUUAA